GCGGAGCCGGCCCCACAGGCCCUGCCGACUUAACCGUCUUCCCUGGGAGGUCUCGGGGCUGCCGGGUUCCGGAGGGGGGACCCCCGCGGGCCGUGGCGCCGGCUCUGCAGGCGCUGGACCUGGAGCGGGCUUCCCGCCGCGUCACCCGGGCCCGGGACGCGGCCCUCCCCCUGCAGCCUCCGCCCUCUCCUCGCGGCGCACGCCUCCCUCCCUGACGCAUUUUGCCGCACAAGCUGUAAUAUGGCGGCCGCGACGGCGGCCUGAAGUCCGGGGAGCCGGGCUGGUUUUUUGAUGCUUCCGAAUUGUAAGACUAAACACGAAUGUGGGGCUGAAAGGAUUGGAUCAUUUUGUCCUUGAUUUUUCUCUAUUUAAAGAUUGAAAUAUUGGAGCCAUGGGAAUAAAGGUUCAACGUCCACGAUGUUUUUUUGACAUCGCUAUUAAUAAUCAACCAGCUGGAAGAGUUGUCUUUGAAUUAUUUUCUGAUGUGUGUCCCAAAACAUGCGAGAACUUUCGUUGUCUUUGUACAGGUGAAAAGGGAACAGGGAAAUCAACUCAGAAACCAUUGCAUUAUAAGAGCUGUCUCUUUCACAGAGUUGUCAAAGAUUUUAUGGUUCAGGGUGGUGACUUCAGUGAAGGAAAUGGACGAGGAGGGGAAUCUAUUUAUGGAGGAUUUUUUGAAGAUGAGAGUUUUGCUGUUAAACACAACAAAGAAUUUCUCUUGUCAAUGGCCAACAGAGGGAAGGAUACAAAUGGUUCUCAGUUUUUCAUAACAACAAAACCAACUCCUCAUUUAGAUGGGCAUCAUGUUGUUUUUGGGCAAGUGAUUUCUGGUCAAGAAGUUGUGAGGGAAAUAGAAAAUCAGAAAACAGAUGCAGCUAGCAAACCAUUUGCUGAGGUGCGGAUACUCAGUUGUGGAGAGCUAAUUCCCAAAUCUAAAGCUAAGAAAGAAGAAAAGAAAAGGCAUAAAUCCUCCUCCUCGUCAUCAUCCAGUGACUCAGAUAGCUCAAGUGAUUCUCAAUCCUCUUCUGAUUCUUCUGAUUCUGAAAGUGCUUCUGAAGAGAAGUCAAAAAAAAGAAAAAAGAAACAUAGGAAAAAUUCCCGGAAACACAAGAAAGAAAAGAAGAAGCGAAAGAAAAGCAAGAAAAGCCCAUCUAGUGAAAGUGAGGCUGAAAAUCUUGAUGCACAACCCCAGUCUACGGUCCGUCCUGAAGAGAUCCCUCCUAUACCUGAAAAUAGAUUUCUAAUGAGAAAAAGUCCUCCUAAAGCUGAUGAGAAAGAAAGGAAAAACAGAGAAAGAGACAGAGAGAGAGAGUGUAAUCUACUUAACUCCCAGCCUGCGUCAUACCAGAGGAGACUUUUAGUUACUAGGUCUGGCAGGAAAAUUAAAGGAAGAGGACCGAGGCGUUAUCGAACGCCAUCUAGAUCCAGAUCAAGGGAUCGUUUCAGACGGAGUGAGACUCCUCCACAUUGGAGGCAAGAGAUGCAAAGAGCUCAAAGAAUGAGAGUAUCAAGUGGUGAAAGAUGGAUCAAAGGGGAUAAGAGUGAGAUAAAUGAAAUAAAAGAAAAUCAAAGAAGCCCAGUUAGAGUAAAAGAGAAGAAAAUAACUGAUCUCAGGCAUGUGUCUGAGAGUCCAAACAGAAAAAGUGAAAAAGAAAAGAAAAUUAAAGACCAUAAAUCUAACAGCAAAGAGAGAGAGGUCAGAAGAAAUUCAGAGAAAGAGAAAGAUGAUAAGUAUAACAAAAACAAGGUGAAGAAAAGGGCCAAAUCUAAAAGUAGGAGUAAAAGCAAAGAGAAAUCAAAGAGUAAGGAAAGGGAUACAAAGCAUAAUAGACAUGAAGAAAAGAGGAUGAGGUCAAGGAGUAAAGAAAAGGAUCAUGAGAGUACAAAAGAAAAAGAAAAGUCCGAUUCUAAAGGAAAAGAUCAGGAAAGGAGUAGAAGUAAAGAGAAGUCUAAACAGUUAGAAUCAAAGAGUAAUGAGCAUGAUCAUAAUAAAAGUAAGGAAAAGGAUAGACGUGCACAGUCUAGAAGUAGAGAACGCGAUACAACUAAAGGCAAACACAGUUACAACAGUAGAACAAGGGAACGAAGCAGAAGUAGGGACAGGAGCAGAAGAGUGCGAUCCAGAAGUCAUGACCGUGACCGCAGCAGAAGCAAGGAGUACCAUAGAUACAGAGAGCAGGAGUACAGGAGAAGAGGAAGGUCACGGAGCCGAGAGAGAAGAGCUACACCAGGAAGAUCGAGAAGUAAAGACAGAAAGAGGAGGAGGAGAGAUUCACGGAGCUCAGAGAGAGAAGAAAGUCAAAGCAGGAACAAAGAAAAACAUAGAAACCAAGAAGGGAAGAGUUCACACAGAAAAGAAAAUUCUGAGGGUGAGAAGAGAAUGCACUCUAAAAAUCGUGAUCAUAAUAGUUCAAAUGAUAACAGGGAUAAAAAGGCUGAUAGAGAUCAAAGUCCAUUCGCAAAAAUAAAACAAAGUAGUCAGGACAAUGAAUUAAAGUUCUCCACAUUAAAACAGAAGGAGGAUGAGAAGACCAGAUCCUCAGUGGAAAAAGAAAACCAAAAAUCAAAGGGUCAAGAAAAUGACCACGCACAUGAUAAAAAUAAAAAAUUUGAUCAUGAAUCAAGCCCUGGAACAGAUGAAGACAAAAGUGGAUGAGUGAGUUGUAUAAAUUUAUUUCCAUUCUGUCUCAGAUUUUAAGUUUUAGAGACUUGCUGAUGAAUCUCCUUUAUGUUGUUUCUUCUCAUUGUUUUGGGUUGUUUAUGUUUGUCCUUUUUUUUCUUUUUUAACGUGGACUUUAUUGAGUUGAUCUUUUGAUAAUCUGCAAGCUGGAUAAUUUGUACUGCUAAAGUUUUAAUAAACUUGAAAUGAGAAAAA